AUGUGUGGGAUUUUGGCAAUUUUAAAUAUAAGAGGAACAGAAGUUGAUGUAAGAGCAAAGGCUUAUGAGCUGUCUAGAAGAAUAAGACAUAGAGGUCCAGAUAGAUCUAAGAUAAUUGUUCUUGUAACUAUUUUAGAGUAAUUUAAAGGAAAUCAGUCCUGGUUAGUAUCAUGUGAUUUCCCACGAAAGAUUAGGGUUAGUUGAUCUAAGUGAUAAAGGAAGACAACCUUUUAAAAUGGUUGAUGAUGAAAAUAUAAUCUUUAUGUAGAAUGGAGAGCUUUAUGAUUACUGGGAUGUAAGAUCAGAGUUGGAGAAAAAAUAUCGAUUUAGUAGUAAUUCUGAUACAGAGAUAGUAGGAAUGUUAUAUAAAGAAGUAUGAAUAUUAGAAUAAAUAUAGUAUGGUGCAGGAAACUUUUGGAACUAUCUUAAUGGAAUGUUUGCAACUGUUCUAAUUGAUAUGAAUAAAAAAUCAUUUUAAGCAGGUAGGGAUCAUAUUGGGAUAGUACCUUUAUAUUAUGGAUUUAAUGAAGAUCGAUCUCUAUUUCUAUCUUCUGAAUUGAAAGGAAUACAUGACUAAGUUAUCGAAGUCAAAUAGUUUCCUCCAGGUUUUAUAAAAAUAAUAGUAUUUAGGCCAUUAUAUUGAUGAGACAUAUGAGAUCAAGAGAUGGUACAAUCCAAUAUGGCAUAACUUUAAUCAUAUUCCAACAGGAGAGAUCAAUUUUUAAGAGUUGAGGGAUAAAUUUAUAGAAGUGGUCAGAAGAGAAAUUUAAGGAGAUGCUCCAUUUGGAUUGUUUAUUUCAGGAGGGUAUUAAAUUUAUAAUGAUUAAUAUAGUGUUGAUUCUUCAAUAGUGGCUGGAAUUGUUGCUAAAUUAAUAAAGAAAGGUGAAAUAGAUUUGAAUAAAAGAGGAAUGAGGAAAGUUCAUUCAUUUUGUAUUGGAUUGGAAGGAUCUCCAGAUUUACAUUUUGCUAAGAUGGUUGCAGAUUUCCAUGGAUUUGAACAUCAUUCAUUUACAUAUACAGUAGAUGAAGGAUUAGAUUACAUUCCUGAAGUUAUAUAUCAUACAGAGACAUUCAAUAAUACAACCAUUAGAGCAUCAACACCAAUGUAUAUGAUGUGUAGAAGAAUCAAAGCUUUAGGAAUUAAAAUAUGUUUAACAGGUGAAGGAAGUGAUGAAUUAUUUGGUGGAUAUUUGUAUUUCCACAAAGCACCUAAUAGAGUUGAAUUUCAUUAAGAAUUAAUCAGAAAACUACAUGAUUUACAUAAAUAUGAUCUUCUAAGAGCCAAUAAAGCUUGUUUAGCUUGGGGUAUAGAGACUAGACCUCCAUUUAUGAAUAAAUAAUGGGUAGAGUAUGUUAUGUAAAUUGAUCCAAAAUAUAAAAUGAUUAAUGCAUUUGAACCUCAAAUGGAAAAAUAUAUUCUUAGAAAAGCAUUUGAAGAUUUAGAACAUCCUUAUGUACCAUAGGAAAUUUUAUGGAGAUAAAAGGAAUAAUUUAGUGAUGGUGUUGGUUAUAGUUGGAGAGAUGGUAUUAUUAAGAGAGCAAAUUAUUUAAUUUCUGAUUAAGAAUUUUCUUAAGCAUCUAUCAAAUAUCCAAUAUCUACUCCCAGAAAUAAAGAAUAAUUUUGGUUUAGAUAAAUAUAUUCAUCCUAUUUCCCAAGUGAUAGUGCUGUUUUGACAGUUCCAUUUGCCCGAUCAAUUGCUUGUUCAACCGAAAAAGUUAUCUUUAUUUUAUAAUCUUUUAGGCUUUAGAAUGGGAUGAAGCUUUCAAAAAGAAUACAGAUGAAUCUGGAAGAGCUGUGUUAGCUAUCCAUAAUGAUGCAAUCAAGGAAAUCAUAUAAAUAAAUGAAGAACCUUCAACUGAGGAUAUUUCCAAAGUAUAGGAGCAUUUCUAAUUAUGA